GUUUUUUCAUUAUUUUUUAAUCUUUUCUUUCGUCCAUUGAUAUCAGCACCCAUGCAAUUCUUCGCAUUGUCUCUUGUGUUUAUGUUUAUUACACUUCUGGCUUUGCGACUUGAUGACUUUAUUUAUUGGCCAUAUUGGGUCGUUUUCUUUCCCCUCUGGCUAUGGCAAUCCGUCAUAUUUGGUGGGUUUUUAUUUGAAAUAUUUGCUUUCUGUCGCAGCCCUCGCUAUUACAUUGAAACCCAGGCUCAUUUCAAAAAUGCUUUCUUUGAUGCGUUUUUUCAUAUCAAUCUUCUAUUUUUCGAAAUUUUGGCAUGCAAUCGACUUGAAAAUGCUCAUUACAAUGAAAACGGUUGGAUAUCCGUCUUCAUCCCUUUGAUAAUACUUAGUAUUGUUGGAAUAUUUGUCAGCUUUUGGAUAAUCAAAAAUGAUUUCGACGGCGAUCUUCAUUUUAUUGUCUCUUCUAAUAUCUUAUUUUUUAUCUUCAUUGCUCUAAGAAUGGAGGUAAUUAUAGACUGGAGUUGGAAGCUUGUUUUUCUACCCAAUUGGAUUUCUCUCGGAUUUUUCUUCACUCUGGAAAUAAUUGAAAUAAUUAUGUCAAUUUCUCGUUUCAUAUGUGCUAAUAGGCUUCAGGAUUAUCGCCAGCAAUCAUUUUGUAUUAGUGUUGGCUAUGCCAUUUCCCUUUUAUUGAUUAUCACUUCGGGAGUUUUAUUUGCUCUAAAAAAGGACAAUGACCUUUAUCUUCCUUGUGUAAUUAUUGCCUCCCCUCUCAUGUCUGCCUUGACGGUUUUUAUGAGUCUCUGCUUCUCUGUUAGAUCACAUUUUCAAUGGCGUCGAUGCUUCCAACUGUUCUAUCGACGGACAAUCGAAAUGUGUUAUCCCCUUCAGGAAUAUGGGAACAUUUCUUAUAAACUCAGCAGCCUACAUCAAUCAUCAUCCUAUGACCAGUAA